AUGUCGAUGGGGUCGGUGAAGGAGGGGAGCCUGAAGCUGAGCGGCCACCACGUGGUGCCGUUCUUCCUCGGGGCAGCUCUGCCCACGAUCCUCCUCUUCGUCUUGGCCUCCGACCGGGUGGGCGAGCAGCUGUCCAGCGUCUCCGGCAGCUGGCUGGGGAACAGCAACGGCGGGACCCCAGGGACGGCUCCGGCACCACAGCAACAUGAGGCGGAGAGAUUCCCGGGCCUGGCCCAGCUGCUGCCGAAGGUGUGCACGGAGGACCGGACGGUGAUCAUCACGUCGGUGAACGAGGCGUGGGCGCGGCCGGGCUCCCUCCUGGACCUCUACCUCGAGAGCUUCAAGAACGGCGAGGACACCGCGCACCUCCUCGACCACCUGCUCGUGGUCGCCCUCGACCCGGCCGGCUUCCGCCGGUGCGCCGCCGUGCACCCGCACUGCUACCUCCUCGAGGUGACCACCGUGAACCUCACCUCCGCCGCCCGGUUCAUGUCCAAGCAGUACCUCGAGCUGGUGUGGACCAAGCUGGAGCUCCAGCAGCGCGUCCUCGAGCUCGGCUACAACUUCCUCUUCACCGACGCCGACAUGAUCGUGCUCCGGAACCCGUUCCGGCGGAUCCCGGUGUACGCGGACAUGAGCGUGUCCUCCGACGACUACUCGGCGGCGCGGGCGCGCCCGCUGGACAACCCGCUCAACACGGGGCUCUACUACGUGAAGGCGACGAGCCGGGGCGUGCGCAUGCUCAAGUACUGGCGGGCGGCGCGGGCGAGGUUCCCCGGCGCGCACGACCAGUCGGUGUUCGGCAACAUCAAGCGCGAGCUCGUCCAGAAGCUGGGGGUCACCAUCGAGCCCCUGGACACGGUCUACUUCGGCGGGUUCUGCGAGUACCACGACGACCUCGCCAGCGCCUGCACCAUGCACGCCGACUGCUGCGUCGGCGUGGACAACAAGGUGCACGACCUCAGGGACGUGGUCGCCGACUGGAGGAGGUACCGGGGCAUGGCGCCGGAGGAGAGGAAGAGGGACGGCCGGAAUAUGACAUGGACGGUGCCCGCCCGGUGCCGGAGGUCCGUGAACUGGCGCAAACCCGUGCACCCCUGA